AUGAUGUCGCCGACGAGACGGCCGAGUUUCAAACACGCCAGGAAGAAGCUACCGCAAUUGAGACGGAGAAGGAGAGGCGCAUCUUUGCUCAAGGACAUCGAAGAUGAACUCAAGAUCGAGGCCCAGAUGCAUGCCAGCAUAUACAAGAUAAAAGUACAAAAGGGUGACAGAAUCAAGGAAGGCGACAUCCUAGUCAUACUAGAGGCAAUGAAGAUGGAAAUCAACAUCGCAGCGUCGCCGGACCAGGUUGGUUUAGUUGUAGCGAGCGUCGUCGUUGCGCCCGGCGAUAUUGUGAAACCCGGCGAUGUGGUCAUCGUGCUGUCACGGCCAGACGAAGAAGAGCCCGAAUAG